AUGGCUCAAGGUGCGGAAGCCGGGCGAGGGGAGGUGAACUACACGGGCACAAAAACUGAUUUUCGACUUGAAAUGCUCCAACCGAAGGCCCAGGUCUUGACGAUGAACAACCUUCGAUCGCGUGUCGUCGUGCAAGCGGAUGGCCAGAUUCGGACAGGGCGUGAUGUGAUGGUGGCUGCUCUGCUUGGUGCUGAAGUGAAUUCGGAAUGUCAACGGCUCCCC